AUUCACAUCAUCAUGUCUCUCACUUACGCGUCUCCAGCGUUGGCCAUGUUCUCUCGCUUUUGUGCUUUGCGGCCUCUUGACCUUCCUAUCUCUGUGGAAAGUUCGAUCCUACCGGCAUUCCUUCGACCUCCUCAUCUAUGACGAACGAGCAAAAGCGGCCUGGGGUUCUGGGAAACCAUCAAUCCCCACCACCACCAACUGCAGACUCGCUCAACUCUCAGGCUUCCAUCAGCCCAUUCGCAAGUCAGCAUGUUGCCGAACUCCCGGGCGACCUGCCCGAGACCUCAUCCAGACAUCAAGCAGGCCACCCUUCCCGCGAGGGCUCCCGAGACAGCGAGUGGCAGAAGCCCGAGGGAUCCGCCUACGCAAGCUCCUACCGGGUCAUGGACAUGCCAGAGACCCGAGCAACUAGCGACUCGUUGACCCAAUAUUAUGCCUACAACACGGCCGAAACCGUUCCUUCUGACGACGACCUGCCACCGCCUGAAUAUACCGAGUUUCCCGGCCAGCUCGCCGACGACAACAGCGAUCUAGGGGCAAAUGCGGUAGUAACAAAUGAUGGCCGUGUCAACAUCCGAAUAAACCAAAAGACGUCGCGAUUGUCCCAGGCCCUUCUUCCUCAGAUCCAACGACAGCUCGCAUCGGCGGCGCACGAAGCUGCUGCACCACCGCCUCCCUACCUCCCAGAGAUACUCACCGGGGCACCGGACCAAAAACCUCCUCCGCCUUUGAACGUUGUUAUACAGGUGGUCGGUUCAAGAGGCGAUGUGCAGCCCUUCAUUGCCUUGGGUAAGUUAUUGAAGGAGACGUACAAGCACCGGGUACGGCUCGCGACGCAUCCAGUAUUUAAGGACUUUGUCACAGAGAAUGGGCUAGAGUUCUUCAGUAUCGGGGGCGAUCCCGCGCAGCUCAUGGCCUUUAUGGUCAAGAAUCCUGGACUUAUGCCUGGCUUCGAGGCCUUACGGAGUGGUGACGUUGGCAAGAGGAGAAAAGAAAUCGCCGAGAUCUUGCGCGGGACAUGGAGGUCCUGCAUCGAGCCGGGAGACGGUAUGGGGCGCGAUCCCCUGAAGUCGACAAUCGAAGAGUGGAUGGCAGGUGAAGAAGGCGCUCCCUCUGCUCGAAACACGCCUUUCAUCGCCGAUGCUAUCAUUGCAAACCCGCCGAGCUUCGGACAUGUCCAUUGUGCAGAGAAAUUGGGCAUUCCGCUUCAUAUGAUGUUUACUAUGCCGUGGUCCCCAACGCAGCAGUUCCCUCAUCCUCUGGCAAACAUAAUAUCUACCAAUGCCGAUCCCAAGCUGACAAAUUACAUGUCGUAUACUCUGGUCAAUCUGCUCACGUGGCAAGGGCUAGGUGAUCUGAUCAAUAGAUUCCGGAAAACGAGCCUUGGAUUAGACCCAGUGAGCGCGCUCUGGGGUCCCAAUAUGCUUGCUAGGAUGAAAAUCCCUUUUACCUACUGCUGGUCACCCGCCUUGAUUCCGAAACCACAGGACUGGGAUCGGCAUAUAUCCAUCGCCGGAUUCUACUUCCUUGAUCUAGCCUCCAAUUACACGCCGGAGCCUGAUCUCGCUGCAUUCUUGGCAGCAGGUGAACCUCCCGUCUACAUAGGGUUUGGAUCGAUUGUUGUAGAUGAUCCGGAUUCUAUGACCCGUCUCAUUUUCGAAGCUGUAAGAAAAACAGGACGCCGUGCUCUGGUAUCCAAAGGAUGGGGCGGCCUGGGAGCCGAUCUACUGGGAAUCCCUGAUGGAGUCUUCAUGCUGGGCAAUGUUCCUCACGACUGGCUCUUCAAGCAUGUCUCUGCUGUCGUACAUCAUGGAGGUGCUGGCACCACCGCUGCAGGUAUACGCGCUGGCCGACCUACCGUCAUCGUUCCCUUUUUUGGUGACCAACCGUUCUGGGGAUCAAUGACAGCCAAGGCCGGAGCCGGCCCUCCUUCUAUUCCCUUCAAAGAUUUGACUGCUGAGAAGUUGGCCGACGCUAUUGAAAUAGCUCUCAAACCGGAGUCUCUUCAACAAGCUCAACACCUUGCGAACAUCAUCGCCCAAGAACAAGGCUCCCAAAACGGGGCGCAGUCAUUCCAUCAAAUGUUGAAGUACGACGAUUUCCGGUGCAUGAUUGAUCCACAUCGCCCAGCUGUUUGGAGAGUGAGACGGACCAAAGUUCGUCUUAGUGCCAAGGCUGCAGCCGUCCUGGUUGAAGAUGGACAGCUAACCUACGAUGAUCUCAGAUUGUUUCGACCCCGAGAGUAUGAGCCGGAUGAAGGCCCGUGGGAUCCGAUAUCCGGUGGUGCAACUGCAAUAAUGGGGACAGCGACGCAGAUGAUGAUGGGAAUGGCGGACCUUCCAAUGGAAACGCUCAAGCUCCUGAAUAUCCACCCCGACAGCAAGAAGUGGAAAGGGAAAGGCCGGCUGUAUGAUCGUCCCGAAUCCUCCACUGAUGGCGCUCCUUCAUCUGGAUCGCGAAACUCGAGCAACGUCCAUGUUGUAGAGGCAGAAUCUGAACUAUCUGACAAUGUCAGCAAGAACGAUGUCUCUGCAAACAGCAACAAUUCCCAGAUGUCCUCCAGCAUUCUUAUACCUCGAAAGGCUCUUCCUUCGCAGUCUGUCCUGCCUGACACUCCUUCGCGCCAGGGGCGCUUUUUGUCCGACGCCUCCCAUACCCCGGCGGAGAGGUCCCGGUCCGUAUCGAAAGAGCGCCGUCCACAGGCCGCUUCGACGGCUCAUACAGCGUCACCAAGCGACGAACGCUUAGAUUCAGGGCCCUCCUUCACCGAUAAGCUCCGCAAUAUGAAUUCCGAAACAGCAAUCGACACUGGCAAGGGGUUUGGCAAGAUCUUAGGCGCAGCUUUCAAGUCGCCUAUGGACUUCUCGCUCAAUGUUGCCAGAGGGUUUCACAAUGUGCCUAAGCUUUAUGGAGAGGAUGUACGGCCGGUCGAUAAGGUGACAGGCCUACACAGCGGUUUGAAGACCGCAACGAAAGAACUCGGCCUCGGACUUUAUGAGGGCAUAGGUGGGUUAGUAGUCGACCCCUACAAAGGCGCUAAGAAAGAAGGUGGGGUGGGCUUCAUCAAAGGCAUGGGUCGCGGCAUUGCAGGCGUGUAUCUGCGCGUUAUGGGUGGUGUUUUUGCUUUCACUGGCUACGCUAUGAAAGGAUUGUACCAGGAAGCGGUGAAGAGUAAGGGCGCAAAAGUGAAGGACUAUAUCAUCGCCGCAAGGAUAUCGCAAGGACAUGAAGAGGCACGGGGCUUGAGCAGGCAGGAAAGAGCGGACAUUCUCAGGGAGUGGAGCAGUCUGAAGGCGCGUGCUAACAAAACGAAGAAUAUUCAUAAAGAACGCUUGGAAGCGUUGCAGGCCUUACUCAAGCAGAAGCCAGGGCGUGAGAGCAAAGAGUCGAGCAGGGAAAGGGGAGAGCUGGGAUCGACGAACUAUCCGCCUGGGACGACACCUAUGUACCCUCCGGCCUUGCAUGAGGGUAGUUAUGUGGAGCUGCCAACUGCGAGAGAUUCUUUUUCAGCUGGGUCGACAACCCAGGGCACAACGGAGAGAGUUGCGAACCCGGCAGUGACACGACGCGCGAUUGGAGAGGCCACGACCCCCACGUCCUUCUCUGACAGCUUGCUCAGCGACACCCAGGAAGACGAAAUGAUUGCUCAAGCUAUCCGCGCGAGUAUUGCUGAGCUGGAGCGCCCAGUGUCCAGUGCGGACGAUGAGGAUGCAAUGUUGCAAAGGGCGCUUAGAGCCAGUGUUGAGGAGGCAGGCAGAUGUGGGGCCACUUUGGAAGAGCAGAGAGCGUUGGAGGAGGCUUUAAGGAGGAGUUUGAUACCUGGACCGGAAUCGAAGGGGGAGGAGGAAGGGGAUGGAAGGGACUGGUGGGAUGAGGAGAUGUCAGACGAGGAUCAAGCCAUGGAUGGGAGAAACGAGGGAGAGUAUCAGCGAUUCAUCGAUAUGUAUACUCGGCAAUAUCGGGAAUCUAUACUCGGAGAAGCAGCAGCCGCACAAGGAAGCAACGCUGGGGAGGGAGAGGAGCUUGAGAGAGCACUCCGGGAGAGCAAAGAGACGGAAGAUGGCCGACUCGAGGCGCUGCUGAGGCAGCAGACCGAGGAAGAGAUUGUGAUGGAGUAUGUUAAGAAGCAGAGUUUAUUGGAGGAGGAGCAUCGACGGAGGAUGUUAGCCGAGCAGGGGACGGGAGAAGGUGGUAAUGUUGGUGAGGAGAGGCGAGAGGGAGGCGACCCGAGGGGAAGUUGAAGUGGGGUUGGCGGAGGUUGGCGCCUAGGGUUUUGGUGGACGAUCGUCAGUAUCGGGUAUAGGUGGAAAUCGUGGGCAUUGAGCAUCGCCGCUCUGGCGGCAUAGGGCAGGGUUGGUCUUGUGGUACGUACGGGGAAGAUACCCUUUCUACUUUAGCAGAUCUUCAAAGAUCAUAUUGGUGUGUAUGGAUGGUCACGUCUCCUCAGUGAUCUUAUCAAUCUUUAUCACGGCCAAAUAUGUGUCUGGUUAGUCGCAGCCAUGUCUACGAUUUGACUCGAGUUGCAGUGUCCGUUACUCAAAGAAGCAUUUUUGGUUUCCUGCCAAAGAGCCUUUCGCUGCAUUUCCGCAUCGUCUCCUUCUCCUGAUUUCCUUGAAG